CGAGCCGAGAUGAGAGGCCUGUGGAUGCUGAUGGUGCUGGUGGCUGCGGCCCGAGCUGAGCGCGUCUUCGUCGGGGAUCAAGUGAUCCGGGUCAAUGUCCAGUCAGGGGAGCAGAUCCAACUCCUGCAGGCCCUGGGGGAGGAACAGGAGCUGGACUUCUGGCUCCAUCCGGUCUCCACCGAGCUCCCCGUGGACAUCCGAGUUCCCCGGUCCAGUCUGAGCGCCGUCAGGGAGUACCUGGACGCCCAUGGCAUCCUCUUCACCGUCAUGAUUGACAACCUUCAGGACCUCCUGGAUGCGGAGAAAGCUGAGAUGGAGGAGAACGAGACGAAGGAGCGCAGCAGCAGUAACUUCAACUUUGGGGCCUAUCAUCGCCUGGAGACUAUCUACAGCUGGAUGGACACUCUGGUGUCUCAGUACCCUCGGCUGGUGACCAAGGAGCUGAUCGGGAGGUCCUAUGAGAACAGGCCCAUGUAUGUGCUCAAGUUCAGUACCGGCGGCACCAAGCGCCCUGCCAUCUGGAUGGACACCGGCAUCCACUCCAGAGAGUGGGUGUCUCAGGCGACUGGGGUGUGGACCGCCAACAAGAUUGCCUCCGAAUAUGGUGUGGACGCCUCUGUGACGUCUCUGCUGGACAAAAUGGACGUGUACCUGCUGGUCCUGACCAAUCCCGAUGGCUACGUGUUCAGCCACACCACCGACAGAAUGUGGCGUAAAACCCGCUCCAAGAGCCCAAGUUCUAGCUGCCGAGGAGUGGACCCGAACAGGAACUGGGAUGCAGGAUUUGGUGGACCCGGGGCCAGCAGGAACCCGUGCUCGUACUCCUAUCACGGCCCCUCGGCCCACUCUGAGAUUGAGGUGAAGAACGUGGUGAACCUGAUCAAGAGCCAUGGAAACUUCAAGGCCUUCAUCUCCGUGCACGCCUACUCCCAGCUGCUCAUGUACCCUUACGGCUACUCGUGCAGCCACGUGCCUCAUUACAGCGAGCUGGACUCCCUGGGCAGAGCCGCAGUGCAGAAACUGUCUUCUCUUCACGGCACCAGGUACAAGGUUGGAAGCAUCUGUAGAAUCAUCUACCAAGCCAGUGGCGGCAGCAUCGACUGGUCCUACAACCUGGGCAUCAAGUACUCCUUCGCCUUCGAGCUGAGGGACACCGGUCGCUAUGGUUUCCUCCUGCCGGCCAAUCAGAUCAUCCCCACCGCCUCCGAGACCUGGCUGGCCCUCAAGCACAUCAUGGAGUACGUCCGCGACCAUCCUUACUGACGCCGACACCCAACAUGUCCAACUGGAUGACGUUUUAUUGUGGAAAUGUUGGCCCUUUUGGCUUUCAUUGUUCAACACAUUUAUCUAGUAAUAAAACAUACACAUUUUACAUGACAAA